AUGGAGCCAGCCAAUGAGGGAAUAGACGAGAUGGAAUGGCGCAGGACGGGGCCUCCCGCAGAGGAUUCGACAGGAGCCGAUAUAGCUCGCGGCUCACCGGCAGGGGAGGACGGACACCGCGGAUGGGACGACGGGAACGCGCAACAGGAAGUAAAUUUUGGAGACACUUUUGUCCUUCCCCCUUUACCACCAGAGCGAGUGGCGACCUUCUACAAGGCCUGGGAUUGCUUUAGUGGCAGCGAGCCUGUGCCCCUGGACGAUGUCGUCCUUCUCCGGUUUGACGCCCCAAGGUCCGCAACAGGAGAAGACAUAGUCGAGAUCCAUUCGCAUGGAAGCCGCGCAGGCAUUGCUGCUGUGCUGCGCUUUUUUGAGGGGCUGGCGCGUGCUUUUAGCGCCCUCCGCGACCCUAGCACGGCCGCGGCCAAACGCCGAGAAGCCGUGUGGGAGCGAGCGCCUGGACCCCCAGGUGCAGUGGAGGACAGAAGCAAAAGCCAACCGCGCGAGGGAGACAGACGCCACGGGUACCUCGCUCUCUGUUCGUCGUUUCGGCCUCGCAUCGCACCGGCGGCUGCCAAGCCGGCCCUUCCUUUACAGCAGCAUUCGGCGCCGCCCUGCGAGGUAUCGUAUGCAGCGCCGCUUGCCGGCGAAUUCGAGAACGGCGCAUCUCGUGCAGGCGUCGCGACGGAGUGCUGGCGACGUGCGCUGCUACUGCAAGCGCUUCGCAAGGCAUCACCGUCACCUGCGGCUGCGAAAACCCGCCUGAAGACGCACGCAGAUGCUGCGCGCGGUGGCGACAGCCAAAUGGCUUCACGCAAGAUGAACGACGAGAGGGACUCAUUGUGCGUCAGUGACUGCGGACAAUUACGAGCUGCAGAGGCGGGCGAAUUCACGUUCCGCGCGUACGUUAACGGCAAAAUCGAAAACAUUCAACAGAUGGAGGCGCUCGCGGAUCUUCUCAACGCUGACACCGUGAGUCAGCAUCGCCUUGCCCUCCGGCGCCUGCGACGCCAACCUCGGGAAGUGCGCGAAGUUCUGGACAGAUGGAAGGCGCGUUUACAGGAGGCCCUGGCCUUCUCCGAGGCGUCCCUGGAGAUCGGUGACGAUGCACAAGAGGCCGAUGGGGAGCUCGCGCGAGGCUGGGGAGCUGCACGCGCCGACGCACUCGUUCGCGACCUCUUGCUUGAAGUGCGCUCGCACCUCGAGCUGGGAGAGAGGGAGGAGCUGUGCCGCACAGGCGUGAAGGUUGUUUUCUGUGGCCCUCCAAAUGCAGGCAAAAGUACGUUUUUCAAUGGCCUGAUCGGCCGCGACACUGCCAUAGUUUCCCCUAUCGCCGGCACCACUCGAGAUGUGCUAACGAGCGCUGUCCAGCUUCUGGGUUCCAAAGUUGUCUUCACGGACACCGCGGGUCUCAGGCCCCUGGCGCGGGACAGUGUGACCCGGCCACCGGGUGCAGUGGCUCCGCACGCAGCUCAUGCUGCGGCAGAGGCGGGCGACGAGAGCAGCGGAGGCGUUCGAUUGGAGCGACCCUCCGACCCCCUCUCGCCACAUGAGCAGCGCGGCGGAGACCCAGACAGGGCCGAGCGCACACGGCUGGAAGAUUCCUCGGCACACGCGUUUCGACGCGAGCGGGAGGCGGAGGCGCUGGAAAGGAUGCAAGCGAGCAGAGGGGGCACAGAAGGCACUGCACGGCAGGACCGCUCAAGGGUUCUGCUACACACGUCUGCCCCCCCUGCGGAACGUGGGGAGUCGGGUGCUGCUGAUCCUCUAGAGCGGGAAGGCAUCGCGCGUGCCGUUCGUACAGCGGGGGACGCGGAUAUUUUGGUCAUCCUUCUUGAGGCUCGCGCCACACGUGAGGAGACGCUUACGGGCGCCCAGAAGUUCUUGCGUGCGUUCAAAGCUUCAUUUGAGUCCUCGUCUCUUGAGCGCGACGAGGUGGUAGGAACGAAGGAGCGUCGCAUUUUCGUUGUUCUCAAUAAGGCCGAUCUGUGGGUGCCCGCCAUGGACUACAGCAAGGAGUCGCAUGAGCUUCCCCCGUCCGCGACCAGCUCUCAGCCACGCUGUGUCGUGCUCGGGGCGACACACGUGCGGAGCGCCUCGAGCGUGAGGGGCACUGGCACAGACACAGGCACUGCGGCGCGCUUCUCUGACAAGUGUCUCCCUCCGGCGACGGGCUGUUCCACAGCUCGCGUCCCUGCUGUCCCUCCGGACACAACUUCGCCAUCUUCGCCUGACACCGAAUCCAGGCUUUCGACAUCUUCUGCCAAGCCCGAACCUUCGGUGGAUGCUUUCGCAGACUUGCUUGUGGACCUCGAAGACGUUGUGAAAUCCGAGCUCGCGCCUUUGCUCUCCGCCGAGCUGGUGCCGGUGUCGAGUGUCUCGGGAGGGGCGAAUAGCGGCUCCAGUUGUGACCGAAGAUCCCCGAAUGCGGAGUACCACAUGGACACGGCGGAGAAGACGGCGUCUCGCCCGUUCGUGUUGCCGGCGUCGGGAAAGCUGAAGUGGAAUGUUUCAGCUUUGCAGGCGCUUCUGUCCCGUGCUGCGGCGGACCUUAUAUCUCCCAAGUCAAUCAUUUCCUCAAAGAAAACACGUUGGGACAAGGUCGGAGGGGAAGCAGGAGCUGCGCGAGGCGGCAACGCCUCAGACGGAGGCGAUGAGGACGGCUGUGAGGAGAACGUCGCGCUUUUGAGUGGAAGGAGGCUGCUGGAGGCUCUGCGGGGGCUUGCAAAGUGUUUGAGCAGCUUCUUGACACGCGAGUCUGAGGAAGAGCGGAAUGAAGACCUUCGGCGCGCGCUGCGGCUGCUGCGGCAGCGUCUGCUAGGCGAGACGCGGCCCGGCGAGCACACCGAAGCAGUCCUGGACGUGCUUUUCAGUUCUUUCUGUGUCGGCAAAUAG